AGUGUGUUCAAGCAGUUGAAUGUCAAACAGCUGUUUCACAUCUCCGUGCAGAUAUUUUAAUUCAUAAUCACAACUUUUAAUUAUUGCUAUAUAAAUUAAAAAUACCAAAGUAAAGAGAAAUGAGUGCAGUUAAAUAUAUAGGACGUACAACUGAUUUUCGUGGCAGGAGUCUGUGGGAAAUUUUAGGCAAUCUGCGCGACUAUGGUGUUGGCCGGCUAAUAAUACGUAACAAGUUCCAGCGAUAUGAAGAGCCUUGCUAUAUGCGCAUACUGAAAGUGGAGGUUACACCACAUGAUCCUGCUAAGGAUCCUAUACGUAAAGUGGCAGUAACUGUAGAAAAGACGUGGAGAGGUGUAAUAAAUCCGAAACCUGUCACCAUAUACAGCACCAGCUAUAAGCCGGAUUACGAAUUAAUCCCCAAAGAAGAGGAAACGAAAUACAUUAAUAAUUCUAAAAAAGUAUCUGAGCAAAUAUUAGCUACUAGUAUAGAGUUUCCUCCAUUGUUGCGCGAAUUCAUACGACAGGAAACUGGUGUUGAAGCACCGAUAAUGAAAGUUCAUCAUAAGUCUACUCACAACAAACUGGCACGAUUGGCAAAGGAGGGUGAAAAGCCGACUAUUGAAUGUACAAUGGGGCUAGGUACUCCAAUCAGUCCGAAACUAUAUGAAGAUGUUUUAUAAGCAUAUUUUCUGUACUUCAUUACUAAAAUAUAUUAAGUUGUAAAAAACAUAAA